AAAACAUACAAAAUUUCUGAUAAUAAAAUUCACUAACAAAGUGUAAAAGUCAAUUACAAAUAUCGCGCGUAGUUUAAGCGCAUGCGCAAAUUAAGAAUGAAGAAAUAAGAAAGCGCAUGCGCAGCUGUAAAAAAAACAUGGUGGGCGCACACGUAUGCGCGAUUAAACGUGUGUAUUGUUCCCCACGUCUCUGGAAGAUAUUUCACUCUUUUAUGAGUGUCAAAAAAAUAUAAGAUAAAGAGCAGAUUUAUAUCAUGUCGCUAAGAAUUAAAUCUUUAAUAAAAUAAAUUUUUUUACAAACUCGCUGUUUUAAUUAUCACCGUGGAUAAUUGUUUAAACUCUAAAUGUCAUCCAAGGGUUAUGACAAAUAGAUCCUAUUUAUUAGCUUUAUUAUUGAGUGAUUAUUUUUGUUUUAUUGAAAAAAGUCAAUCAUGUCGGAAAAAUGCAAGGAAUGCACUUGUGUAAAAUGCACAAUAAACGCAAACAGAUUCAGCGACGUACACUUGCACGCGGAAAUAGAACAGCUGCGUCAAAAAUUAAAGGAAAAAGAAAAUUAUAUUGUGAAAAUAGAGACACAGUAUUUGAAGGAGGUUGAUAAAUUUCCUAAUGGGAAGCUUGCGUCGAUGAAGAUAGACCUGAGGCUAUCAGAGGAGAAACAUGCUCGGCUGAUUGAGGCACAGAAGAGGAUGCUUAAAGUCAAUCAAAACCUUGAAGACAAGCUGCUGAAACUUGUUGAUAAAUGUGAGACUGAGAAGAGUGCCUUUAUUAAGGACAUUGCAACCCUGUCACAUCGUUUAGCUGAUGCUAAUUUGACGAUCCAUAGCUUAUCUCAAGACAAUGCGAGAUAUAGAGCUGACAUGAACUUGGCUAUUCAAUCGCUACAGUGUAAGCCAUCCAAUUUUGUCGGACAGAAAUAUGACUCUCUACCCAUAGAAGUGCAGUCGAGAGUAAAGCAUUACAUGAGUCAAAAGCGGCGUUCGAGUGAUCAGUCACAAUCGGAUGUGAAGAGCAUUACCGUGCCAAUAUCAACGUUUCCCCCGACGGCGAUGGUGUAUAACAUCACCAAAACAAACCCAGACAAGCACAGCGAUGACGAGAGCGACGACGGUAAACCGCAAAUAGACGUUGUCUCAGCUGCAAUUAUGGCCAAAGUCUUGGAAGAUCGGGAGCGAGAACGCAUCCUCGCAAAACAUUGUUCCACGUGUGUUUGUCAUAAAUCUAUUUUAAUUGUCGAUUCGCACACACAAACAUCUCUCGAUGAUAUUAUUUGCAACAAGCAAACUAGUCCAAAUAACAAUAGUAAUAAUAAUAAUCGUAAUAAUAACAAUAACAAUAAUAAUAAUAACAAUAAAAACAAUAACAAUAAUUAUGAUUAUGAUUUAUGCAGAAGUGAUGAAACAAAAUGUCAAACUUUGAACGCUAAUAAAACGGGCGUAUGCACAAAAAUAAAUCAAGACUCGCCAUCAAAAAUGAAAAUUGAACGUCAAUCGCUUAAAAUAAAACAAAAUAACAAGCCCAAGAGGAUAGAAAUUCCGGUUGAGAAUAUAGUAAUACCUAAAUCACAGGGUCAAGUCAAUCCAGUUGAUAUAAUCAACGAGCGAAUAUGGAAAAAUAAUUGGACCAAAUCGAAAUUGAAUUCUCCUCAAUUAGAAGCUACAACUGUACUCACAAAUUCAAAUAGUAAGAGUGACAUUCACUUGGAUGUUAUUAAUGAACGAAUUUGGAAAACAGAACCUCGUAAUAAUAAUAAUAUUAAUAAUCAUAAUAAUAAUAUAAACAGUCAUAAUAAUCACAGCAAUCAGGUGACUGUAAUCGAAGUAUUAAAUGAAGACAGCGCUAAUCAAACCCCGGAUUUUGCAGCCAGCCCGAGUUUCAGCAACGACAGUGUUCUGAUGUCCAGCUCUGAACCCUCCAGCAGCUCGAGUGAUCUGGUCCAGAUUAACAACGAGAAGCGACGACUACUCAACCCGGUGGGUAAAGGUGAUCGGGUUAUUGGCCCGAGAAACUGUUUGAUGCGUGUCAGUCGCGAGGGCUCCAAAAAUAUUUUGCUUGACAAUGCUGGACAAUAUCAAACAGUGCUCUACACGAGCUCGGGAAGCGGCAGUGGAAGUGCCAAUCAAACAAAUACUGCUCUUGUACACAACCUCGCCAAGUCAACACGCUCUGGGAGAUCACUGUCGACCAGCAGCGAAGAGGCUCUUCCUAUUUUAUCGAACGACGCUACGCAACUACAGAGGGUCGCUGAGUGGGUUCAGUCCUCUGUUGGAGUUACUAAAAUUCCUCAUACAAGAAAUGGUAAUAGUAAUAAUAAUAGUAUUAAUAAUAAUGUUAUUUUAAAUAACAAUAAUAAUAUUAAUAAUAAUAAUAAUACUGGUAUUAAGCCAAGCACAUCCAGUAAUUCAACACAGCCACAAAGUAUAAAAAGCACAAAAUCAUCUUGUAUUAUUGAAAUACCAAAUAUUGAUGAAAAUAAUGAAAGUGUUUCUGUUAAAAAAGGCAUUGCUAAUGAAUUAGUUGUAAAAACUCAUGUGAUUGAUAAAAAAAAUGUGUCUGGUAAUAAAAAAAAUUUAGAGCAUAUUGUCAAUGAGCAAGUGAUGAAAGACUUGAUUUGUUUUGACUCGACAAAUGAGGACGAUGGUGAUGAAGACGAGAGAAGAGGAGGUGUCAAAAGUAGGAAAAGUAGCAAUGAAAAAAAAAUCAUUGAAAGUGAUUUGGAUUGCGAAGUUAAGAUUACCAAAGAAAUGGAGGAAACUUAUUUAAAACUAGCUGCCAGUCUUGAUCCGCGAACGCUCCGUCUGCCUACAAGCGUCAAUGCGGACCUGACGAUUGAAAAGUAUCGCAAAGAUCAUAAAAAAAUAAAUAUGCAGAAGAAUAGUGAUAAGUCGGAAGCCAGCACAUAACGUCGAGUUAUUAUACAUAUUAUUAAUACUGCUGUUACUGCUUCUUAUUCUUCUUCUUAUUCUUGUUCUGCAUCAUCGACUCUGUCAUAUUCGUUGACUUGUAAUUCUGUACAAUAUUUUAUUUCAGAAGCAAUUCCUAUUUUGCCGUAUUUAUUAUUAAUAAAUAGUAAUUAAAGCCCGAAAUUUUUAAUAUUAUUUUUAA